UGAAACUAUGUCAAAGUUUAAGAGGCAGAGCGAGAAUAUCACAUGCUGACUUGUGUCAAAUCAUGUCAUUCAUUAAAAUCUCAAACGUGCGGAAGUUGACAGGCAUUUAACUUAAGACUUCGAGAGAGAGCGUCCAGUUUUUUUCAGAACAGAAAACAACGAAACAAACAGAUCAUAAAACAGUGCGUAUACAGUAUAUUGACAUUAAGUCAGGUCGACAAGAUUAAAUUAGUCAGAUGUAGUAAUAGUUUAAAUAGACGCGGGCGGAACGCCAAAUACAGAUAAAAAAAUAUGGUGAACUACUUUACUCAACGGAUUAAGCAACGGAUUAUGAAGCUUUAUUUUUUAUUGUUGUGCUUUUUUGUGGACGGUGUGGUUGGUGAUGAAGUGACGUCAGUGUCAGUGAUGGAGGGAGAUUCCGUUACUCUACAACCUGAUCUUAUUGACAUACAGACAGCUGAUCGGAUAGUUUGGAUCUUUGGACCUGGAAACGAUCGUAUAGCUCAAAUCAACAGAGCGGCCAAUAAGAUUUCGACAUAUGAUGAUGUUCUUGAUGGGAGAUUUAAAGACAAACUGAAGCUAAACACUGAGACUGGAGAGCUCACCAUCACAAACAUCACAACUGAUCUCUCUGAAGUUUAUCAACUACGAAUCAUCAGUGGAACCGAUGGCCUUUCCAGAAGCUUCAGAAUUAUUGUUUCUUCUCAUCUGCCCGUUCCUGACAUCACCGGCGACUGUCCACAAAACUCUUCAUCAUCAGAAAACUGGAGAUGUGUAUUGUUGUGUUCAGUGUUGAAUGUGAGAGAUGUGAGUCUGUCCUGGUACAAAGGAAACAGUUUAUUGUCCAUCAUCAGUGUGUCUGAUCUCAACAUCAGACUCUCUCUACCUCUGGAGGUUGAAUAUCAGGAUACAAACACAUACAGAUGUGUGGUGAACAAUACCAUCACAAACCAAACUCAACAAAUUGACAUCACUCAUCUCUGUCAGCCGUGUUCAGUGAGGCAGUCUGUUCUCCCAGAAAAACAGGAUCAUGAAAUCCUAAUAAGUGUUGUGGUUGUCUUUGGUGUUCUGAUCGUGGUUUUGGUGAUGUUCUUCUGUAUUUACAGGAACUUUAGAAAACCAUAUGGUCAGACCUCUGGAUACAAAUGCAUUAAACUAAACGGUUUGUGUGGUGCUGAUAAAAUGAAAACCGUAACAGAUGGAGUAAAGAACAUUACAGUAAAAGCAGGAGAGGAUUUCACACUGGACACUGGUGUUACAGAUAUACAAACAUUUUAUCUGACACAAUGGAAGUUUGGAGAAUUAGGCGACGACACUAACCCAUGUAUUCCCAUAAGUACAAUUCAUAAAAACAAAGUUUUAUUAAAUAAUGUUGCUGAUCAGAAACUGGGAAGCAGACUGAAUCUAAACGAACAGACUGGAUCGAUUACCAUCAAAAAGAGCAAAACCACAGACACUGGACUUUAUAAACUAGAAAUCAAAGGCAAUACAAAUAAGAUCUGCAAGUCUUUCUUUGUUACUGUCAGUGGUAGCUGAAGUAUUUGUAAAUAUAAUGAUGAUACGUGAUUAUAUCACUGCAUUGUAAACUUUUCUGAUAUUGAUAUUAUCACGUGUUUAGACUUAAACUCAAAUAUAACUUUUACAAGUCAAGUCAAACAGAGUGAAAUGCUGGAAAUGUCGCCAUUUUAAGGUGCCAUCCUAAUUUUUUGUGAAUACUAAAAUGUAUAAAUGUAUGUUAAUGUGUAAAGAAGCUGUUUGGACGUGGACUUAAAUUUAUUUAAUAAUUUGUAAAUAAUUAUUAAUAAUCAUUUUUUAAAUGUCAUUUUUAAGAAUUAAUUUAAAUAAUGAUGUAGCAAAUGCUUGGAGAACAAGGCAUGAGUAAUGACAAAGUCAUGUGUUUAAGUACAUACUUAAAAUAUGUUUGUUAUAUAAAUCUUUAUAUUUAGUAUUAUAAUUAUUGCAAACAUCUUUGUUAUUAUUAUUAUUUGAUGUAAAAUGUAAAUGUAUUACUUUAGAUGUGGUUUCCCAGACAAAGACCAUGUCUUAGUUAAAUUAGGUCAUAUAAGUAGUUUUUACAAAUAUACCUUACAAAAAAUAUUACUGAUGUUUAUCUUGAGACAAAACAAUGACACUGAUGUAUUUUAAGAUGUGUCCUCAGUUAAGGCAACUCAAACAUGCAUUUUAGUCUGGGACAAGACUUAAACUCUGUCUGGGAAACCGACCUAUAAUGUUUUAAUACUUAUUCUAUUUAUUAACACUUGUUCAUUGUAUUCACAUGAUGUAUUCGCCUUUGUUGGCCAGACAGUUUUUUUACAUUUGUUUUGUCUAAUUAUAAUGUUAUUAUUAUUAAUGAAUAAACUGAAGCUUACCACA